AUGCUGGUUUCCAUGUCGAGUGAGCUUAUGAAGCAAUACGAUCACCUCAGACAUGCUUCUGAAAUAUAUACACACUUGGAAGAGCUUUACAAGACACGAGAUAAGCAUGAAAAGUUCGCUGCCUCAAGAGAGCUCUUUAGAGCUCAGAUGACUAAGGCUAUGUUUGUCCAUGAGCAUGGUACUAAGAUGAUCAGGCUUAAUCAGAAACUUGAAAAAUCUUAA